GCGCAGAAGCGCUGCACUCUAAUGGUGGACAUGUCUGCUGUAUAAUCGUCUUUUUAUGCGCUGUUUCUCUGCGUUUGUGCAAUCAGCAGCCCUCUGCCGAGCCGUCAACACCCUGCAAUCGUCAGAAUGGCUUCGGACUCAGCCUCUCAGAGCUCCCAGAGUCCUGGGGCUAGGAUCAUGACCUUUCAUCCCACAAAAGACGAGUUCAAAGACUUCAACAGAUACAUCGCAUAUGUGGAGUCACAGGGGGCACACAGAGCCGGGAUGGCAAAGGUGGUGCCACCAAAGGACUGGAAGCCGCGGCGUACGUAUGAUGACAUCGACGACCUGGUGAUUUCCACCCCGAUUCAACAGGUUGUGACUGGCCAAUCAGGGCUCUUCACACAGUACAACAUCCAGAAAAAGCCAAUGACUGUCCGCGAGUUUCGCAAAACUGCCAACACAGACAAAUUUUGUAAUCCCAGAUAUGCAGAUUUUGAUGAACUUGAGAGAAAAUUUUGGAAGAAUUUAACGUUCAACCCACCAUUAUAUGGGGCAGAUGUCAGUGGAACUCUCUAUGAUCCAGAUGUGACGGAGUGGAAUAUGGGCCAUCUAAACAGUAUUUUGGACACUGUGGAGAGAGAGAGUGGAAUCACAAUAAAAGGUGUAAACACUCCGUAUCUGUAUUUCGGGAUGUGGAAGAGCACGUUUGCCUGGCACACAGAGGACAUGGAUCUUUACAGCAUUAAUUACCUUCACUUUGGAGAACCCAAGUCCUGGUAUGUGGUGCCUCCAGAGCAUGGGAAACGAUUGGAGCGUCUUGCUAAAGGUUUUUUUCCCGGAAGCGCUCAAAGUUGUGAAGCCUUCUUGCGACACAAAAUGACUUUAAUUUCACCAUCAAUUCUGAGGAAGUAUGGCAUACCAUUUGAGAAGGUGACACAGGAAGCAGGCGAGUUCAUUGUGACCUUUCCAUAUGGAUAUCAUGCUGGAUUUAACCAUGGAUUUAACUGUGCAGAAUCCACAAACUUUGCCACACAGCGCUGGAUCGAUUAUGGCAAACAGGCAACAUUAUGUUCCUGUCGGAAAGACAUGGUGAAGAUCUCCAUGGAUGUGUUUGUCCGUAUGUUUCAGCCAGAACGUUACAAACUUUGGAAAGCAGGAAAGGACACUGUGCCCAUUGACCACUCAAAGCCCACCCCCGAGGCAGCAGAGUUCCUUAUUGAUGCAAAGACUGAAAAUGAAAAGGGAGAACUCAGCGAAAGCAGCAAAACACAAACCGAGGUGAAGAAAGGAGAAACAGAGCAUAAAGAGGAGCAGACGGCAAAGCCAGGAGGUGGAGAGGAGGAGAAUGCUGAAAGUUUGUCUGGAAAGGAAAUUAAAGGAGAAACGGAGAAAGCAGAUACAGAUGGUGGAAAGGCAGAGAAAGGAGAGAAGAAGACUGUUAGCACUGAGGAGCCCAGCAGCACUUCAGAGCAAAACAGCAGCAAUAGCAGCAGUCCAAAGCAGAAGCUGGGCCAGAAACGACUUAGACCCAGUGCUGAGACUGGAGAGAAAGAUGUGGAUAAUCAGUUGAAGGCAGAAGAGGAGGAAGUUGAGAAGAAGAAAGCCAAAUUCGGCCAGACUAAGACAGACUACAUGAAAGAACAAUCCAUCCCAGGUGAUGGGAAAGCUGAGGAAACCAUGGAGACAGACACGCCCCCUCCAAACCAGCAAGGGAAUCAAGCCCAUCCUUGCACGGAGGCGGAGCUCUCUUCAUCCAACCAGCAGCCACACCCCACCUCAAGCAGUGACAUCACAACUCAACCCCAACCAAGCAAUGACAUCCCUCCUCCUGAAACCAGUGAUGUCACCUCAUCCUCACAAUCCAACAACAUCAGUGAUGAAACCAGCUAUGAUGUGGCGCAGAGUAGUGAUGUCAUGGCAAAGAGCAGUGACGUCACCUCUCAGUCCGGUGAUGUCACUCAAAGUUGUGAUGUCCAUAGCAAACCGGAAGACAUCACACAAAUCGGUAAACUCAAAACGGAGCUCAGCGAUGCACGGCCAAGUGACAUCACGCCACAUUCAUGUUCCAGUGACAUCACUGAUGAAGACCAAUCCACUGACAUCACAUCAGAGCUGCAUACCAGCAGUAUGUCUGCUCAGCCCAGCAUUAACUCUGCCCACAUCUAUGAUGUAACACCAGAUCCCAGCAACAGUACCAUCUGGCCAAAACACGAGCCCAGCAUUAAGACCGCCCACAUUUAUGAUGUCACCACAGAACCCAGCAUUAGCUCCGCCCUCAUCUGUGAAGUCACACAAGAACCCAGCAACAGUAUCAUCAGCCAAAAAUGCGAGCCCAGCAUUAACUCCACCCACACUUGUGAUCUCACUCCAGAACCAAGCAACAGCAUCAUCAGCCCAGAGUGCGAGCCCAGCAUUAACUCCACCCUCAUCUCUGAUGUCACCAAAAAACACAGCAACAACACAGUAAACACCAACACUAUCAGCCUGAAAUGUGAGCCCAGCAGUAGCUCCGCCCACAGUUAUGAUGUCAUCGCAGAACCCAGCAACAACACCAUAAAUACGAGUACCAUCAGUCCUAAAAAGGAGCCCAGCAUUAACCCCGCCUGCACUUAUGAUGUCAACAAUGAACCCAGCAAGCCCAGCAUUAACUCCACCCACACUUGUGAUCUCACUCCAGAACCAAGCAAUAGCAUCAUCAGCCAAAAAUGUGAGCCCAGCAUUAACUCCGCCCACCGUUAUGAUGUUAACACAGAACCCAGCAACAACACCAUAAAGAAGAGUACCAUCAGUCCUAAAAGUGAGCCCACCAUUAACUCUGGCCUCAUCUGUGAUGUCACCACAAAUCUCAGCACCAACUCUAUCAGCUCUAAAUUUGAGCCCAGCAUUGGCUCCGCCCACACCUUUUAUGUCACCGCAGAACCCAGCGACGACAGCAUAAUCAGCCCAAAAUGCAAGCCCAGCAUUAACUCCGCCCACACCAAUGAUCUCACCACAGAACCCAGUAAGCCCAGCGUUAACACCACCCUUAUCUGUGAUGUCACUACAAAACCAAGCACCCACAUUUUCAGCCCUAAAUGCAAACCCAGCGUAAGCUCCACCCACACUUAUGAUGUUACCCCAGAACCCAGCGACAGCACCAUCAGCCCCAAACGUGAACUCGCUGAGUCACGGUGUAUUUCUUUGUUGGCGAGCAGUAGUCAGGUGAGCCAGCCUGCAGCCCAGCACAUCUUCCAGAGGACGCUGAGUCCUGCUGAGGUGCUGCAUGUCCACAGCUACGCAAAGGGAGAUUACAGCGAGCUGGAAACGCGUAGCAGGCUUGAGAGAGACCAAGACAGUGACUCUGACAGUGAAUCUCAAGAGGACAGCAAGAAAUCAGAUGAUUGUCCAGUUGAUGUUCAGCAGAGGCUGCCCAGACUCCCCAGACACCAUCCUCUGAUGAAGGACAGCAUCAGUGAUGAAGAGCUGCAGGAUCAGGCAGCAUCAGAGGAGGAGGGUCUGGAUGGGGAGGCCUGGGCUCGACCUCUGUCCCAGUUAUGGCAGAACAGACCGUAUAAUCCAGAGAGAGAGAGGGAAUACAACAGAGAGAUGGGUCUGCUGCCACCAUACUGUGCUGUGUGCAUGCUCUUCCAGGCACACCAACGGUCUGAAGGGGGCGAAAGUGAGCCAGCUGUGUUGCUGUCAGGGGGUCAGAUGAGGAGCAAGCCUCUGAUUCCAGAGAUGUGUUUCACCACGACCACAGAAGACAGCACUGACAUCCACCUGACCACACCUCACCUGGAGGAGGAUGGCACCAGCCUGCUCAUCAGCUGCACACAGUGUAGCGUCCGUGUGCACACCAGUUGUUAUGGUAUCACUCCGGCGAGAGUUACCAAAGACUGGAAAUGUGCCCGCUGUAAAGCCAACGCACUCACAGAGAAUUGCUGUUUAUGUUCGUUGAGAGGUGGUGCGUUGCACAGAGCCAAUAAUGGCAAAUGGGUUCACGUCCUGUGUGCAGUGGCAGUGCUUGAGGCUCGCUUUAUAAACAUCAGUGAACGAUCGCCUGUGGAUCUCAGUGGCAUUCCUUUACAGAGAUUUAAACUGAAAUGCUACUACUGCAAACGGCGAAUGAAGAAAAUGUCAGGCUGUUGUGUGCAGUGUUCUCACGGCCGGUGCCCCACCUCAUACCACCCCACCUGUGCUCAGGCCGCCGGUGUCAUCAUGCACCCGGACAACUGGCCCUUCAUCGUCUACGUCACCUGCUGCCGCCACAAAGGGCCGGUCCAGUCAGAGCGUAAUAAAGCAGCUAUGAUAGAGCUCAGUGUGGGUCAGAAGGUCAUCUGCAAGCACAAAAAUGGACGUUACUAUCAGUGUGAAGUGAUACAGCUGUCAAAAGAGACGUUUUAUGAGGUCAACUUUGAUGACGGCUCCUUCAGUGAUAACCUUUUCCCAGAGGACAUUGUGAACCGGGACUGUGCUCAGCUGGGUCCACCACCACAGGGUGAGGUGGUUCAGGUCAGAUGGACAGAUGGUCUUGUCUAUGGAGCCAAAUUUGUUGCCGCUCAUGUCAUUCAGAUGUACCAGGUGGAGUUUGAGGACGGAUCACAGCUCACAGCGAAGAGAGAUGACGUCUACACGCUAGAUGAAGAACUUCCCAAGAGAGUCAAGUCUCGUCUGUCUAAGGCAUCGGACAUGCGCUUUGAUGGGAUUUUCGGAGAGAAGAAGGUCCAAGACAGCAAGAGACAGAGAGUGAUCAACUCCAGGUACAGAGGGGACUAUAUCGAACCAGUCAUCUACAGAGCUAUCAUGGAGUAGCCAGCGAUAGCACAGCCUUCACCCAAAACCACCAGCACCCAUCCAGGGGACUCUAGCACAGCCUGCUCAUGUCAAUAGUGUUCAGUUUGCAGGAAUCAAAUGCCUGGAUGGGUUUGAACCCUCCCUGGAAGGACUCGCACUUACCCUGAUUUGUCCAACACACUUUUUCUGAUUUUGGCAGGGCAUUCUCACAGUGUCUUUCUCAGACGAUGCAGCUUUGCAGGGUGUGUGAUGACACAUAUUUAACCUCAAUGCUUUGAAACUGUGCCACAAGUCUCAACAUCAACAGCAUCACCUGGUCUCUAAAUGAAUUAUCAAUGAAAGCAGUAGUUUGUGGAGUCUUUCUAAUACACAUUCAUUUAAUAAAGAUUAUUUGUAACCUUCAUUUCAUAAAAUAUUUACUUUUAUCAAUUUGCAUUAAUUUAUUUUACUUAAAGGGAUAUUCACCCAAAAAUUAAAUUCUGUUAUCAAAUACUCACCCUCAUGUUGUUUCAAAUCUGUAUGACUUUCUUUCCUUCCGUAAACCUUGAAAGGACACAUUGGGAAGAAUAUUCACACUGCUUUUUCCCAUACAAUAAAAGUGAAUGGUGUUGGGAAGGUUUGUCAAGCACCAUAAAGUGUGCAUGAGUCAUAUAGACUGUUGUUAUGGUGUUUUUAUAAUUUUUAGAGCUUGACAGCAUCUGGUCACCAUUCACUUUCAUUAUAUGGAAACAGUAGCGUCAAGUUUCUGCUAAACUUUUUGUUUUGUGUUCCACAGAAGAAAGAAAAUCAUACAGAUUUGGAACAAUGUGAGGGUGAGUAAAUGAUGACAGUAUUUUCAUUUUUGGAUAAACUAUUCCUUUAAUUCAGGGUGCUGUUUCUACCCGUAUUUUACCUAACGGAGGUGCCAUUGCCAUUUAAUGGAUACAGAUCUCCUUUUUAAAGAUGUACACAGUCAUAAAUUGAGCAAUUGAUCCUGAAUAUUGUACAUAAUUUGGAACAUAAUGAAUUUAGCUUGUUUCGUCUUUUAAUAGUUUUUCAAGCGUAUUUAUUACUUGGUGCUUUGCAAAAGCAACUUUUGCAAUAUAAUAUGUGUGAGUCAAAGUCCUGUUGAAGAAUGAGAAUCACAUAAAUGCAAAGCUCGUACUGAAAUGCCAAGGAUCUUUCUCCCAUUCUCACCUUGUACUCUUUUUCAAGACAUUUUCAUUAAUGUAGCUUACUGCUGUCAACAUUUUAUUAACCCCAAGGUUUUAAUAAGCUAUUUUUGCACUUCUGAGCUGUACUUUUAUGAAUUCUCUUUUUUUCCCUUGCAGUAGCCAAGCUCCAGAGACAAAUGCACUUAGGAAAGUUAAAAAGGUCUGUUAGUGCUUGUCUUGUAAACAGUCUUUAUCUGUCAGGCCGUCUAGCAGACAGCUUUUAGAAAAGUAAGGUUGUAUGAGUCCCUCAUUUGUUCAAUAGAGGGCUAAUAUUCAUUAUAAAAGAAUUAUAAAAGAUUUCUUUUUGUAUUAAGAAGCCUAUUUUAUUGCUUUGUUUUAUAAUACCUGUUUAUUGUUCAUAUACUGUGAGAUAGAGUUGUAUGUAGUUAAUUUAAAAAUGUUAAGUUCCAGGCUAGCACAUUUCUGCUGCCUCUUGUUUUGCUUUCAAAAAUGAGUCUCGUUCUCACUACAUAUGUGAAUGCAGAGGCUCUAAGACUUCCAUAUGUAUUUUGUAAAAAUCAUUAAGGUACGUCAUUAAAAGAUGUGGGCCGUAAUGUUUCUUACAUUGCAGUGUGUGUUUUAUUCCUGUUGAAGGAUUAGGGUUUGGGUUUUUAACCCACUUUUUUCCAAUAGCACAUUAUUUAUAGUUUUUAAUGCAUGAUAUUGCUAUUUAAAAAAUUUUUUUUAUUGCAUAUACAAAUUUAAACAAACAAUCAAUUAUUAACAAUUGUGACAUUUUUUUAAAUCUUACCCCAUUCUCCAUCUUCCAGUACUAAAUUCAAGUCUCUCUCCCAUAACUUCUUAAGAGAUGUUAAUACCCAUCCCCUAAACUCUGAAUUAGCCAGGAAUAGUACAAUGAAGCCUCGUGACCCUUUCCAAAAGCAGCAAGCUUUUUCAGUUGACUCAAGAUGGCACCGAGUAUGGCUGCUGCGUUGCGAGCUCCGACGCAACACUGCAGUUUUUUGUUUGUUUUGUUCACAAUUCUAUGUUUUUUUUUUGUCUUGGAUGUUGUCUGCCUUAUUGUCUACAACAGACAAACACUUUUGGACAUUGGUUCUGCAAUAGCACACAGAAAACCGGACUUUAAAUUCCUCAAUGCCGACCCGCUGUUUACAAACGCCAGCGGAGCCCUUUGUCUGAAGGAAAAGGGGAAAUAGAGCCGGCAUUCUCAUCAGAGUAAGACGUUGUGCAAAUCGACCCCCGCUACCCAGUAUUCUACUUGCAAAUGUUCAGUCUUUGGACAACAAGCUCUGCGAGCUGAGAGCGCGGAUCUCUUUCCAACGAGAGAUGAGGGACUGCUGCAUUAUCUGCCUUACGGAAACUUUGAUGUCUGCUGAGAUUCCAGAUUCAGCCAUCGAACACGUGGGGUUCUCUGUGCACCAAGUGGACAGAGCGAAAGACCUCUGAGGUAAAAGCAGAGGUGGUGGUGUAUCUUUUAUGCUCAACAAACCCUGGUGUGACCAGAGGAACGUACAUUCUAUCAAGUCUUUCUGUUCUCCUGAUCUGGAAUUUCUCAUGCUUCUGUGUCGACCAUUCUGGCUACUGAGGGAAUUCACAGUGGUCAUUAUCACAGCUGUGUACAUCCCCCCACAAGCCGACAUAGACCGGGCACUCAAGGAACUGUACGGGAUUAUAAGCAAGCAAAAAACCGCACACCCUGAGGCCACGUUCAUUUUGACCAGGGACUUUAACAAAGCCAAUAUUAAAUCAAUCACACCAAAAUACCACCAACACAUCAGUUUCAACACACGAGGGGACCGGGUUUUGGACCAUUGCUACUCUCCCUUCCGGGAUGGCAACAAAUCCCUUGCCCGCCCACCAUUUGGCAAAUCAGACCACUCUUCCAUUCUGCUUCUGCCCGCUUACAGGCAAAAACUGAAAUAGGAAGCACCCACCCUCAGAACGAUCCAGUGCUGGUUGGACCAAUCAGAUUCUACGCUACAAGACUGUUUUGAUCACGCAGACUGGGAGAUGUUCCGGUCCGCCUCUGAUGACGACAUCGAGGUGUACACUGAUAGCGUAACGUGUUUCAUCAGAAAGUGCGUAGAGGAUGUUGUUCCGACCAAAACAAUACGGAUCUACCCCAACCAGAAGCCAUGGAUAAAUAGCAAUGUUCGCACUGCACUUGAUACGCGGACCUCUGCUUUUAAUUCAACAAGCCAGUUAUGCCCUCUGCAAAACUAUCAGAGCAGCCAAACGCUAGUACAGGGACAAGAUUGAAGGACAGUUUAACACCACCAACUCUAGAAGCAUGUGGCAGGGAAUUAAUAUCAUCACGGACUUUAAAGGGAAUAAAAACUCCGCCAUGAACACCGCUGCCUCUCUCCCGGAUGAGCUAAAUAAUUUUUAUGCUCGUUUCGAGGGAAAUAACACCGCCCUCGCAGAGAGAGCUCUCGCGGCCGAAGCUACAGUGGUUAGUUCACUCUCCAUCUCUGUAGCGGAUGUAACCCAAUCCUAACGACGGGUGAAUAUCUGUAAAGCCACAGGUGCAGAUUUCAUUCCGGGCCGCGUCAUCAGAGUGUGCGCGAACCAACUGGCUGGCGUUUUUACGGACAUUUUCAACCUUUCCCUCUCCUUUUCUGUGGUCCCCACAUGCUUUAAAAUGUCCACCAUUGUGCCUGUACCAAAGCGAUCCAAAAUCACUUGCUUAAAUGACUGGAGUCCUGUUGCUCUGACCCCCAUCAUCAGCAAAUGCUUUGAGAGACUAAUCAGAGAUUACAUCUGCUCUGUGCUGCCUCCAUCACUGGACCCAUUGCAGUUUGCUUACCGCAACAAUCGCUCCCUGAUGAUGCCAUUGCAUCUACAAUACACACUGCUCUCUCCCACCUGGAAAAAAGGAACACUUAUGUGAGAAUGCUGUUUGUAGACUACAGCUCAGCAUUCAACACCAUAGUGCCCUCCAAGCUUUAUGUGAAAUUCUGGGCUCUGGGCUUAAACAGCUCACUGUGCAGCUGGAUCCUGGACUUCCUGUCAAGCAGAGGCCAGGUGGUUAGAAUGGGCAGCAACAUCUCCUCAUCACUGACCCUCAACACUGGAGCCCCUCAGGGCUAUGUUCUCAGCCCACUCCUGUAUUCCCUGUACACAAAUGACUGUGUGGCAACACAUAGCUCCAAAGCCAUCAAGUUUGCUGAUGAUACGACGGUGGUAGGUCUGAUCACUGACAAUGAUGAAACGGCCUACAGAGUGGAGGAGCUCACUCUGACACGCUGAUGUUAGGAGCACAACCUCUCCCUCAACGUCAGCAAGACAAAGGAGCUUGUGGUGGACUUCAGGAGAAAAGACAGAGAACACAAUCCCAUCACCAUCAAUGGAGCACCGGUGGAGAGAGUCAGCAGCUUCAAGUUCCUCGGUGUCCACAUCACUGAGGAACUCACAUGGCCACAAUGAGACCGUUGUGAAGAAGGCUCAUCAGCGCCUCUUCUUCCUGAGAUGGCUGAGGAAGUUUGGAAUGAACCGCCACUUCCUCACACGGUUCUACACCAGCACUGUAGAGAGCAUCCUGACUGGCUGCAUCAUUGCCUGUUACGGCAAUAGCACUGACCACAACCGCAAAGCCCUGCAAAGGGUGGUGCGAACUGCCAGACACAUCAUCGGAGGUGAGCUUCCCUCCCUCCAGGACAUGUAUACCAGGCGGUGUGUGAAAAAAGCUCGGAGGAUCAUCAGAGACUCCAGCCACCCAAGCCUUGGGCUGCUCUCACUGCUACCAUCAGGCAGACGGUAUCGCAGCAUCAGGACCCGCACCAGCCGACUUCAUGACAGCUUCUUCCCCCAAGCAAUCAGACUUCUGAACUCUUGAUCUCUCAUGAUCAAUAUACAUCAGCACUGCACUUUAUUAAUCUUAUUAUCUCACACUGGACUGUCUUAAAUAAUAUUCUCUGUUAACAACAUGCUAGCAACUGACUAUCAUCCGACAGCCUGAAUGUCAAUACAGUACAAUACAAACUACUGUAUAUUUUAUAUAUACUAUAUAUACUUUUUUUUAUUGUAUAAUGUGUAUUCUAUAUUGUGUGUAUUGUAUACUGUACAAUAUUCUAUAUUGUGUGUAUUGUAUACUGUAUAUUGUAUAUUAUUAUUUGUAUAUUGUGUUGUGUGUAAUUAUGUGUAUAUUAGUUAUGUAAAAUGUGAUGUGUAAAUCUGUUUAUUGUAAACUGGUUUAUGUCUCAUCACUCAUGACAGCUAUGUUGCUCAGAACUGCACCCAAGACUUUCACCCACUAUUGCACUUGUGUAUAUGGUUGUGUGACAAUAAAAGUG